AUGACAGAAAUAUCCUUAGAUAAGAAAAAGAAAUUGUUUAUUUUAAAGAAAUUUGACAGUGUUUCUCCACCUAAAGAAAGAGAAUAAACUUAAAAUAUUUUUAAUGGUAAAUUUUAUAUUAAUAUUAAGGAGAGCAACUUAGAUUUCUUCAUGGUAUUUUAAUAUAUUCAUUAAAUUCUCAGUAGGUUAAUAAUAAACUUUACAAUAAAGAUAAAUUGUUGGGAAGCUCGAAUAAUUUUUGAAAUAAAGAGAAUAAUAUGAAGCAACAUAAAAGCAACAAAAUUCAUAAUUUAAUUAGUCAAAUUCUACAAAAAUGUUUGCUAAGAGAAUUACUCUUAGGAAUUCUUCUCAAAAAUCUCUAUUAAUCUGUUCUGAUUAAAAUCAAGAAUAAAAAUAAAAAAAAUAAAAGGAUUAUUAAAUAGUGUCUUAGUAGUUUUUAUUAAAUUUUGUUAAAAAGACAGAAGUAUAAAAAAUAACUAUAAUAGGAUAGAAUAAAAAUGAAUAAUGAAAUUGAAGAAGAUUUAAAAAAGCUAAAUGAUAAAAACAAUUCGCUUAGAUAAACAAGAGCUUUAACAAAAUUUCAAUAAUAAUAAUAAAUCUGGGAAUAAUAAGUAGAAGAAGCUACAAGGAAAUCAAAAAAAUAUGAUUAUGAUUCUGUAAUCAGAAAAUCAACUUGUAAUAAAUUUUAUUUUAUUUUAGUAUUUCGUGAAAAAGUUGAAUAAAUAGAACAUUUUUAAGCCUUAAAGUAAUUAGAAGGUACUGCAAGGGCUUAAGAAUGGUAUAUGACAUUAAGGGAUAAUUUAGGAUAAUCUAGAUAAUUAUCUCAAGAUGAGAGAGAAUAAAAAAGAAGUCCAUAUUAAGAUCCAUUUAAUUAAAAUACUUAUUAUGUUGAUUCAUCUUAAAAACCAAUUGAAAUUAUUAGAAAUCAACAAUAAUCAACUUCUGUUUCAAAAAGUGGAUUUAGAAGAAACAGCAGUUUAAGUUAAAUAAAUAUCUUUAAAUUACCUCUUCAUAAAACAGUCUAAACUAUAGGGGAAGACCUUUGUAAUUUGUAAAUUGAAGGAUAAAAUGUUUUACAAAAGGAAACUGAAUUAAUAAAACAUUAUAACUCGAAUGAUAAGUUCAGACUUUAUAAAUUAGAGAAGGAAUGUGAAACAGACGUCUGA